AUGGAGAAGCCACAAACUGUACAAGCCGCCAUUGCGUACAUGAAGCCUGACGAUGAGCUCUUCAGCAAGGAAAAGCCUUACGUGUCGCUCGUUCCCUUUCUCGCAAAAGGGGCCAAUUUCACAAAUACAGAAGUUGACGAGCACAUCAUGGAAAUAGCAAACGUCCGCGGCAGGGAGUCAGAGUUUGAUCUGGACAAAAACGGAUUUGCCUAUGUCCCUUACAAACCAAAAGAAACACCUGGACACGACGUUCAGAGCCCCGACCACCCUUACAUGAGAGAGAUAUCCGAAUUCUUGAGAGAUUAUCUGGGGGCUACAGAAACGAGGAAAGUCGGCGAUCCCCAGUUUCUACAGGCAUCCUUGUAUGCCCACGUUGAUCAUUCCAUUCCCAACUGUAAAUGGAGAGUUCAGCAGUUGAUGGCCGAGAAAAAGAAAGAAAUGCCCAAGCGAUGGGAGUUGAUCAACAUCUGGGUGCCCAUCAAGGGACCAGUCCGAGGUUCACCUCUUGCAGUUUGUGACUACCAAACCGUCCUUCGAGAUGACCUUGUCGCUGUAGACUCCGUCUUUCCGCAUCGGGUUAUGGAAGUUUACCACGUGAAGCACAACCCUUCUCAUCGGUGGUACUACAUGGAGGAGCAAGAUAUCGAUGACCUACUUAUUCUCAAGUCAUGGGAUAGUGAGGAGGACAAAGCAUGCUGCUGUAUACAUACUGCUAUCAUUCCAGACCCCGACGUCAAGACGAUUCGAGAAAGCAUUGAGAUUAGGUUUAUUGUCGAGUAUUGA